GAAAAACACAAACGGUGUAAAGUUUGGAAAUCACGUUCAACUGACAUUUCUAUAGAAUAACAGCGGUGCUGCCAAUCAGACAAAAACUAUCUGCCUCGAAUACAAAUGUUUUUCCCUCACAGUGCUCCAAAUUCACCCAAAAGCAAUAAUUACGAUCCUGAUCCGGAAGCUGAAGUUCUAUGGGAAUGGGAUCGCAUGCCAGGCGGUGCUGCUAGUAAGCCACCAAAGGGCGAAAAGGCGCCCCUUCGUAACAAAAACACAAAUGCCGGCAAAGAUGACAAUGUUAUAUCGAAUUGUUGUUGUUGGUGCCUUGUGAUUUUGACAAUUCUUACUGCAUGUUUAUUGUUUAUUUGUUUAUUUCUCUUACACCAUAUCAAGUAGGUUCAUACUUAUACUGUAUUUAUGUAUUUUUGAAGUAUUUUUGCUGCAUAUUCAUACAUUGCCAAAAAGUUGUUGUAGGUGAUAAUUGGUGGCCAAAAUUACUAGAUACAUAUAUUUAUUAAUACAAUAAAGAGUCAAGAAUGUCAGAUGGUGCCAAAAGUCCACGUAUUACCUCGAUUAUCGAGAAUCAGUUGUUUCGGCGCCAACGGAGCAUACGACAAAAGCAAUCAAUUGAUGUACCCGAUUUCGAGAGGACAUAUGCCGUAAUAAUUUUCUCAGAGAAGGCCAAAUUGCGCCACUGCCAAGAUGUGGAGAAGAUAAUACAAGAAUUCAAAGUGCUUACAACGCUUGAGGUUGUAAGCAAAACUGAAAAAUACCUGUAUCUUUCUGCCUCUACGGAUACAUUGCUGCGUUUCGCCGAUGAGGCCGAACUGAGUAAGCUCACCAUCACCGGCAGCAUGCAAAAGUUCAAUUGCGAUUGCAUAUCCGAUUAUUUGCUGCCUGGCAUGACCCCUGCAGAUAUCGUGCGUGAGUUCGAGGGUCCAGUGCUGAUCAAAGAUAUCGUCAAGCCAGCAAUUCUCUCCUACAUAAAGAAUGGCAUAGUCGAAGAUUUCUUUCCACUGCACAAUAUUGAGUAUUUAGAUAGAUUCGCAUUUGAUUGGAAACGUCGCCAAUUGCCCAUUGAAGAUAUCUGCAACUAUUUUGGCGCAAGCAUUGCACUUUAUUUCGGUUUCACUGAAUUCUACACGAAGGCACUAAUAUUUCCCGCCAUUUUCGGUAUGCUGCAAUGUGUGUGGAAUGUGAAUUUGUCAUUGGUUUGCAGUUUCUAUGUGCUUUGGACAACGAUUUUUCUGGAACUGUGGAAGCGCAAGUGCUCCGGUUAUUCAUACCGUUGGGGUAAUAUAGAGAUGAGUAGUCUGGACAAACCGCGUACAGCGUAUUAUGGCGUCCUAAAACCGGAUCCCAUAACGGGCAAAAUGAUGCUGCAAUAUCCCAUGUGUUAUACUUAUUUGCAAAUGUAUUGUGUUUCAUACCCGGUCGUGCUAAUGUGCGUCGCUGCGGCAUCUUAUUUUGCCCUGUACCAGUUUCAGAUAGAAGCCGAGGUACUAGCAGAUUUUGGUCCCGACUCUUGGCUACUAUACAUACCCGUUAUCGUACAAUCAAUACUCAUUGCUAUUUUCUCGUGGGCUUACGAGAAGUUAGCUACCUUCUUGACUGACCAAGAAAACCAUCGCACACGCUCUCAAUACGAUCGUCAUCGCGUGAAUAAGUUAAUGCUUUUUGAAAUUGUCAACAAUUUCUUUUCACUAUUCUACAUAGCAUUUGUGCUGCGGGAUUUACAACAGUUGAAGUAUCAACUAAUGAUGCAGUUGCUCAUCUUUCAGAUUGUUUGCAUUGCACAAGAAAUUGGCAUUCCCCUCUUGGCUGUGGUGCGUCAGAAAUUCGUAAAGUAUAUGCAUAAGGAAAUCGAUGAGGAUGUGAAGACUAAUGUCAGCGAUUUGGCACGUUAUGAACAAUGCUUUUAUGAAGCUGGACUCGAUCAGUAUCAAUCGACCUAUGAGGAUUACCUGCAAAUGUGCAUACAGUUCGGUUAUGUGGUGCUGUUCGCCGCUGUAGCGCCAUUUGCUGCUUUGGGUGCGUUAAUCAACAACAUUUUCGCCAUGCAUAUUGAUUUAUUUAAGCUCUGUAAUAUAUUCAAACGUCCAUUCGGCAGACGCGCGAAGAAUACUGGCGCUUGGCAGUCGGCAUUUGAAUUGCUUUCGGUGAUGGCGAUUCUGAGCAACUGCGGUUUGCUCUAUUUGCAGCCAAAUGUGAAAGGAUUUUUCUCAAAACUAUUUCCACAAAUGCCCGAUAUUACGUUUAUACUCUUCGAACAUCUGCUGUUGGGUUUGAAAUUUGUUAUACACAAAGUGAUACACGAGCGUCCGCGUUGGGUGCGCAUAGCCUUGCUAAAGGCUGACUACGAAUCUGACGAGGCUUACAAAAAACUGAAAAAAUUCAAGGCGCUUAACAAAAUCGACUAAAACUAUGUGAAAUAUGGACUAAAAAAUAAUCUCUUGAAAGUGACAAAUGAGCGCAGGUGCACUAUCUAUAUCCACUUGAGUACUAGUGGCAAAUCAGUCAUGUUUUAAAUAAUAUUUUUUUAUUUAAAUUUUUAAAAAAUUUUUGUUUUUAAUUUCAAUUUUUUCUUUUAAUAUUUGUUUUUUUCCCAAAACAUUUGUCGAAAGCAGUUGWCAAUAUUAUCCUAUUUCAUUAUUAAAAAAAUAUUUAUAAUUAUUUAUUAUCAUAUUUUAAUAACUAACUUUAUACAAAUGAUUUCAGUUAUUGUUUUACUAUUUAAGUUAUUAUUUUAAUUAUUUUGUAUAUAUAAAUGCCCCCAAAUAUUAAUAUUAUUGAUAAGAGAAAUACUCACACUUAUGUGCCUCAAGUGUGCCACACACAAAGUAACAACUUAAUUUUUAUGUGAAUUUCUUACAAAUUAAUGUGUAGAUAUACAUACAUACGAACAUGUUUGAAAUAAAGUCAUAACAACUAUUUUGCUAUACUUAACCUUCAA